CAAAACAUUCGCAGUGAUCACAUGGAAGGUGUAUAUUAGGCACGAUUCAGCGUUAAACUGCGGAUAAAACAGGGUUAAAACGUCGGACAUGAAUUAAAAAAAAUGUAUUUAAGUUUUCCGACUCAUUUUACGUAAAUAAAUUGUAAAAUUACGUUACGAAGUGCGAAAACUAUGGCGACAGAAGGGCGCAGCGUGAGAAGGCUACAUAACUGACUGAUGCACCAAUCAGACAAAGAGAAGAGAUUCUGAUUCUGCACCCUCAGAAUGGACCCCUCCCCCCACAAACUCCUCUUCACAGCUGUGGACUAUGCCAUCUUUGCUGGGCUCUUGGGCGCCUCUUUGGCCAUUGGAGUGUACUAUGCCCUGUCAGGAGGCCGUCAGAGGACCACACAGGAGUUUCUAUUGGCGGACAGGAGCAUGGGGUGUCUCCCUGUCUCCCUGUCUCUAAUAGCAUCAUUCCAGUCUGCAGUGGCGAUUAUCGGGGUGCCAGCUGAGAUCUACACCCAUGGGACCCAGUACUGGUUCAUUGGGUGCGCCUACAUUUUGGGACUACUCGUUCCAGCCCAUGUUUUCAUUCCUGUGCUCUACAGACUUAAGCUGUCCAGUGCCUAUCAGUAUCUUGAGCUUCGGUUCAGUAAAGCUGUUAGAAUCUGUGGGACCCUCACCUUCAUCUUUCAAACUGUUGUCUACAUGGGACUGUGUAUUUAUGCUCCCGCUUUUGCACUAAAUGCUGUCACUGGGAUAAAAUUAUGGGGAACGGUUCUGGCCACUGGAUUGGUUUGCACUUUGUACACUACACUGGGCGGUUUGAAGGCGGUGAUCUGGACUGACGUGUUCCAGACUGUGGUGAUGUUUUCGGGUCAGGUGGCAGUGAUCGUUGUGGGGGUGUAUCAGACCGGAGGCCCGUCUGAGGUCUGGAAGAAGGUCUGGGAGGGAGGGCGCAUCUCUGGGCUCAAUUUAAACCCGGACCCCACGGAGCGCCACACGUUCUGGACUCUGGCACUAGGGGGCGUCUUCCUCAUGUGGGCGCUGUACGGAGUGAACCAGUCUCAGGUGCAGAGGUACCUGAGCUCCCGCAGUGAGAGGGAAGCUGUCAGGUCGUGUUACAUGGUCUUCCCUUCGCUGCAGUUGGCUCUGGCUUUGAGCUGUGUGAUGGGCCUGAUCAUGUUCGCUCGAUACUGUGGAGAGGAUCAUUCACACCAACUGCAGUCUACUAAAGCAGAUGCAAUGGUGAUCUACUUUGUGAUGGACAUGCUGCAGGGUUUCCCAGGGCUUCCCGGGCUCUUCGUGGCCUGUCUGUUCAGUGCUGCUCUCAGCACUAUCUCUUCUGCCUUUAACUCCUUGGCCACUGUGACAAUGGAGGACCUGAUCAAGCCCCAGUUUCCUGCGAUGAGUGAGAGAAGAGCUACGCUGCUGUCCAAAGCUCUGGCGAUGUUCUAUGGGCUGCUAUGUCUGGCCAUGGCUUAUGUUACUCACCUCAUGGGAGAUUCAGUUCUUCUGGUGGCUCUGAAAAUCUUUGGGAUGGUGGGCGGUCCCAUUCUUGGCCUGUUCUGUCUCGGAAUGUUUUUCCCAUGGGCCAACCCCAUAGGUGCUCUGGCAGGUUUAGCGGGGGGCCUGUCUCUCUCCUUCUGGGUGGGCAUCGGGAGUAUUUUGAACCAGACUCCAGGACCCAGGACUCUGGUCCCAGACUGUAGAUCUGGACUGGUCUCAAACAGCUCCUCCUCAUCUGCUGUCAUCACUGUGACCCUCAGACCGUCGGGGCUGCAGCGGUUUUACUCUCUGUCCUACAUGUGGUACAGCGGCUUCACCUGCGUCUCUGUCAUCUUCAUUGGACUCAUUAUCAGCUUCCUCACAGGUCCCAUAAGAGAAGAGGACGUGACUCCAGGGACUGUGUUUCCACUUUUGGGGAAACUUUUAUUUUUUCUUCCUGAAAACGUCAAACAGAAGCUCUGCUGUGUGACGCCUCUGCCACAGAUGCAGAAGGAGGUGAAUGGUUUGAACGCCUCAGACGAGAGAGAGACUUUUCUGCCUGAAACUCAUACUCCACUAACAGAACACGAGUCAUCUGUAUGACCACAGGUCAUGUUAAAGUGCAUAUGACAGGUUAGACCACAGUUUUCACUAAAACACAGUUAACAGAUUUGAUUAAAAAUCUUUUUAGUCCAUAAUUGUACUUCCUGGUUGGACAUGGGCCCCAGAUAUGACAUGCAUAGAGGUAAUUCCAUAGUCACUGUCCUGCAGCCAUAAUGUUAACAAGCCAAAAUUGCACAAUAGUUAUAAUUAGACUAAUAAAACGACAACACAUUUAGUUUGUCAAAUGAAUGUUUAAACUGGCAGAAAAAUGAGUUCAUUGUGCCUAAAUUGUCCUUGCAUUUGUGGCGUGAUCUGAUGACAUAGGUAGAGAGAUUAUAUUUUGAAACUCACAGGUACUUCAUGUAUUUUUGUACUUUUCUUUGCUUAAUUUUUCAGAUUGCCACCUGAUCGAUGUAAAACUAUGAUCAGUAUUUGUCACAGGUAUUAUCCCACCAAACCAAGUCAUAAUUAGAAAAACAUGGAACCCUGUCAUAUGCACUUUAAAAUGAUUUACUAAUGACUGGAUUGAGUCUAUUUGUGCUUUAUGGAGAAGUUACAGGACAUGAACAUUUGAAAUAUGAAUAAAUUAUAAGACAGAUUGCACUUAACAAGCCCUCGAAGCUAUCACACAUGUGACAAUCUCAAAUAAUGCUAAAAAUGUUACUUUACUUAACUGUUAAUAGAUGUAUGAAAAAAUGUUUUUUUUAAAUGGCAUUGUUGCAUUUGGAUGUAUGUACAACUUUUUUAUUAUCUCUUAUUUUUGGUUAAAAACAAACCAAAAAGCUGAAAUAAUGAAAUUAAUUUAACAGCAACAGAAAAGACAAAGGACAAGGGGUGGAUGAAGCCACAAUUUUUGAUAUUGAUACAAUACCAAGUACUUUUGGGAGAGCUCUAAAGGGCAAACAAAGUGUUUUGACACAAAACAAUGAAGAAAUGGCCCGACUUAAGGUUUACAUAUGCUGAUUAUUACUCCCAGAGUUCCAGCUUGAGUUGCAGGAUUUGAGAGAGAGACUGCAGGUGUAGACAUUUUCUCUUUGGAUUGAGACUCACAUUUGAGUCAGUACUGAUCUAUUCAUAUGUUGAUACUCCCAAUCCUACAAAGGUCUGUUAACUGCAAACUAUUGUUGCUUUAAAACUAGAAUGACGAAUGAUGAAAAAAAUAGUUGCUUUACUUUCAGACAAACCUCAAACUUUGAUGUUGAAAAAACAAAUUAUUAAACUAAUCUAAUAGCGACCCUCUCAUAAUACUAUAUGCUUUUCAAAUAGUUUUUGAGCAAUUGUAGUCGAAUAAAUGCAAGAGAUACAGUUGAGGCCAUACUGUGAAAUAUUCAGGGAAAAACAUUUAUUUAAAGACAGCAGGUGACAGACCCCUUCAUGUUAUAUAGUUCACCUUUAUUUUAGCCAGUGUGGAAAAAUGGCAUUUAUAAACAUAUACUUUGUGUUAUGUUUUAUGCAUUUAGAUUUAAAAAUGAUUAGAGAAACACAAAGUAUUACAGUAUGUUUACACAGGGGGUUUUCUGCUUCUAUGAGGUAUUAACUGUUAACUCAAACAUAUUUAGAUCAUCAUGUUACCUUUUGUUGUUUUGAAAAUAAUUUUCACAUUUGUUUCAGUUUUGUUUUUGACCCACUCACAAUCAGCUGCAUCGCACUAAUGAAACUACUGCACAUCACAUCAGGUUUGUGGAGUUGUUUUUUGAUGAGGGAACAAUUUUAUAACAUGGCAGAACGCUCCAAAAAGUCAGUUUUGCACUAUACAUCCUUUUUAAGUCUUGCUGUAUCAAAACUUGAUAGUUAAACUUGACUGGAAACUCCGUAGUUUUAUUCCCCUUCUAUAUCAUUCAUCAUCUAAACUGUAUCGACAUUGAACGGUCAGUUUUAUUGCAGUCACCAUAAAAACAGAUUUUGCAUGUUUCUAUUUCCUAGUGUCCAAUAUGGAAAUUAUGCCAAACGCUACAAGUUCCAUGAGUUCCUUUUUUCAUAUUUUAAUUGUGUCAUUUUAACUUAUUUUUAAAGCCUUUUCUCAUAAAGCCUGAUUUAUUAGAUUUCUUUUAAAGAUGUUUGUAACUGUUUUCUGUUUGAUUACUUAAUUCAGUUUGGGAGAGAUAGGAUGCAAUUUUGUGCAUUUUACCAAACUAUUUUCUAUUUGCAAAUAACUUAUUUUAGGAAAAAUAAUAUUAAGUUAAAAUCAAAUUUUCAUAUAUUGUCUUGCUAAAAAAUGUAUAACAUGUAAAUUAGGCGGGUGUUGAGCUUCUGCCUGAGCCUUUCAGUCACUGUCAUGUUUGGACAGACCCUUCAGUGUUUAUGUUUAAUACACUGGACACAAACAGAAGACAUAAAAGGUAUGAAGCAAGAUAUAUGGAAUUAUGUAGCAAAGAAAAAAGUUAAAUAACUCAACACAUUUUUUAAAUAUUUUAUAUUCAAAUGCUCAAAGUAUCCGCCCUUCGCUUGGUCGACAGCUGUAAACCCUCUGCCUUCUCUCAUUGAGCUUCAUGUUGAGGCCUUCUGAAAUAGUUUUCACUGCAUUCACUCUGUUCAUUCAUAGUUGUAAUACUGUCAUUAUAAUAAUAUACAAUAUACAAAGUAAAAAAUCAUGAAAAAAAAGAAAAAACAUAACUUUUGUGGUCGUAGUGUUAAAUAUUUAACAUGGUGUGACUGAAAUCUUAAAAUCUUAACUCUUCAGUGGAGAAUAAGGGUCAUUUAACCUCCUGGGACCUGCUGUCCACAUAUGUGGACAACACAUGUUGGGUUGUCUAGGCCACAAGACAGUUUUUUUCUGUACAACCUCCUCAUAUGUCCACAUAUGAGGACGUUAUACUCUCACUUAAAGGUGCCACAAGACUAUAACACAUUAUAGUUAUAGUCAACUCCUGAUACAAACCUCGCCAAGGUGAAAAAAAUUAAAGUUCAUGGCUAAUUCUUUUUCACCUAUGUAUAUGUGUCCAAUGUCUGCUAUGGAAGUUACAUUUUACCAAAGUUUGUAACACUAAUGUAUCACGCUGUUAAACGUGCUGUCCAUAUAUGUGGAACCGCAGGACUUAGGUUUAUUGAAAUGUUUAUGUAGCAAAAAUGUUAGCAACAAAAUGUGAGAAUGAAAUUAUAUUUUGGCAUGAUUUUGGUAGAAAACAAUUAUUUAUUACAGUUCAAACAGAUAAAGCAUGUCUUAUAAACAAAUAUACAUAGGUAUUUAUUAGACUUGGUGAAAUUUCAUGCAACGACUCCUCCACCUGUCUGUGUCCAGGCGCCCGCAGCUACACGCAGAGGCUCAUGGGAGUGAAGUUAAAUGAUUAAACAUGUGUUAAUGUUUUAAAGGCCAGCAAUAUAAAAGUCUACAUUCAUCACACAAGGGUUUUUAUUUAAUCUUUGAACUCAGAUAAGGGUCAUUCUUUUGCACUCGACUUUAUUCUCAUGAAAUUACAACUUUACUCUUGAUGACUUUAAAGUAAAAACUCUGUUCUCAUAAAAUUGUGGCUUUAUUCUUGUAAAAUUAUGACUUUAAAGUCA